UCCAGCAGAUCCCGCUAUCCACGACAACGCAGAACAAUGACGCAGAUAGUGUGCGGACUCGACGAGGUACUAAUAUAUUUCAAUCUCGCUGCGCCUCACCUUCUACACUCCGCUCAAACCAUCAUUUCAAAAAAUCAUCGCGUGUUCUGUUAG